UUAAAACUUCUAUUUAAACAACAAUAACUCUUGCAAAGAAAAAAGGAAAGGAAAGGAAAACGACUCCUCAAAGACUCUCUUGCUCUUGUUCUUGUUCUUCUUCACCUUUCACGCCUCAAAACUCUUCUCAAGAUCUUGAGACAACCAUGUUCAAGGGCAAAGAUUUCCCCAUUGUGAAACCCCACAAACGAUUACAGAAUGCUUUCAGAGCCAUAUACUUCAUGGUUUCUUUGUCCAAGAAGGUUUUCAAGAACACCCGAAUUCUCACCACUGUCAUUCAUAGCCCGCCACCCUAUGUUGCAAUUGAUAUUCAACCCAUCAACCACGAUCACGUACCCUUUAUCUCCAUUGACCAUAAGGCGAUCGCCGACCUGGUUAAAGAGAGAGACUUUGAUGGUCUCCAUCAAUAUGGAGGAGUGAAAGAAGUUGCAGCGGUUCUUGAAAUGGAUCAGAAGUUCGGAAUCAGUGGCAGCAAUGCUGAUACCAAGCACAGAAUCGAUGUGUUCGGUUCCAACACAUACAACAAGCCGCCUGCAAAAAGCUUUAUCAGUUUCGUGCUAGAAGCAUUCAAAGACCCAACAAUUAUCAUACUCCUGGUAUGUGCAGUUCUCUCUCUUGGCUUUGGGAUUAAGCAGCAUGGCCUCCAAGAAGGGUGGUAUGAUGGAGGCAGCAUCAUUGUUGCUGUUGUGUUAGUUAUUGCAGUCUCGGCAAUCAGUAACUUUAAGCAGAGCAGACAGUUUGAGAAGCUGUCAGAGAAGAGCAGCGACAUAAAAGUGGAAGUAGUGAGAGAUGGGCGAAGACAACCCAUAUCAAUCUUUGAGGUUGUAGUGGGUGACAUUGUGUGCUUGAAUAUUGGCGAUCAGAUUCCUGCGGACGGAUUGUUCUUGGAUGGUCACUCGUUGAAGGUGGAUGAAUCUAGCAUGACAGGUGAAAGCAACCAUGUUGAAGUUAACGAGGCCACAAAUCCAUUUCUGCUUUCUGGUACAAAGGUUACAGAUGGCUAUGGCCACAUGCUUGUUACUGCAGUGGGCAUGAAUACAGCAUGGGGCCAGAUGAUGAGCUCCAUAAGCCGUGAUUUGGACGAGCAGACACCAUUGCAAGCCCGUCUCAACAAGCUGACUUCUUAUAUUGGGAAGAUUGGUUUGCUGGUGGCUUUUCUUGUUCUCACAGUUUUGAUGAUCCGUUACUUCACAGGACACACUGAAGACCAAAGCGGGCACCGGGAAUUCAAUGGCGGCAAGACCAAAGCUGAUGAGAUCAUGAAUGUCAUGGUGCGUAUCAUAGCCGCAGCAGUUACAAUAGUUGUGGUGGCAAUCCCAGAGGGUUUGCCUUUGGCUGUUACUCUGACUCUGGCUUAUUCGAUGAAGAAAAUGAUGGCUGACAAUGCCAUGGUCAGGAAACUCUCUGCCUGUGAGACGAUGGGUUCAGCUACAACAAUCUGCACAGACAAAACAGGCACGCUUACAUUAAACCAGAUGAAGGUCACACAGUUUUGGCUGGGAAAAGAGGAACUGAAGGAGACAACAUCAUCAGAACUCGCCCCUAAUUUUCUUGAAUUGCUACAAGAAGGUAUUGGUUUAAAUACAACAGGAGAAGUAUAUAGAACAGUAUCUACAUCAACUCCUGAAAUUUCCGGUAGUCCAACUGAGUCAGCCAUUCUCUCUUGGGCUGUGUUUGAUUUGAAUCUGGAUCUUGAUGAACUAAAGCAAGCUAAUGAAAUUCUCCACGUAGAAGCUUUCAAUUCGGAGAAGAAACGAAGCGGAGUUAUGGUGAAGAGAAAAGGUGGAAAGACAGUUCAUACACACUGGAAGGGAGCUGCAGAGAUGAUUCUGGCAAUGUGCUCAAAUUAUUACGCGAGAAGCGGGAUGAUCUCAGCAAUGAAUGAUUCACAGAGAGUGCAAUUUGAAACAAUUAUUAAAGAUAUGGCAGCUAAAAGCCUACGAUGCAUCGCUUUUGCAUGCAAAACUGUCACAGGAGAAAGUUUACAGGGUAAUGGAGAGCUUGAAGAAACUGGACUGACAUUAUUAGGGCUGGUGGGUCUGAAGGAUCCAUGCCGGCCAGGUGUUGGAGCAGCAGUACAUUCAUGCAGGGAUGCUGGAGUUGACAUCAAAAUGAUCACUGGAGACAAUAUGUUCACUGCAAAAGCAAUAGCUAUUGAAUGUGGAAUCCUCAAACCCUAUGAAGAUUUAAAUGAUGCAGUAGUAGAAGGUGUAACGUUCAGAAAUUACUCACAAGAAGAUAGAAUGUUAAAGGUUGAGUCUAUCCGUGUAAUGGCCAGAUCAUCCCCAUUUGACAAGCUUCUGAUGGUGCAAUGUUUGAAGCAGAAAGGCCACGUGGUAGCAGUCACAGGCGAUGGAAACAACGAUGCACCUGCACUCAAAGAAGCAGAUAUUGGGCUCUCCAUGGGAAUCCAAGGCACAGAAGUGGCAAAAGAGAGCUCAGAUAUAGUCAUCUUGGAUGAUAAUUUCUCCUCUUUGGUGACAGUUCUAAGGUGGGGCAGGUGUGUUUACAAUAACAUUCAAAAGUUCAUCCAAUUUCAACUCACAGUCAAUGUCGCUGCCCUAGUCAUAAACUUUGUUGCUGCACUAUCAUCUGGUGAAGUCCCACUUACAGCAGUCCAGCUGUUGUGGGUGAAUCUCAUAAUGGAUACUUUGGGGGCUUUAGCCUUGGCCACAGAGCAACCCACAAAUGAUCUCAUGGAAAAGUCACCCGUCGGUCGCACUGAACCGCUUAUAACAAGAGUCAUGUGGAGGAAUUUAAUUGCUCAGGCCUUGUAUCAGGUCAUUGUUUUACUGAUCUUAGAGUUCAAGGGAAGCUCUAUCUUUCAUGUGAACAAGAGGGUUAAGGACACCCUCAUUUUCAAUAGUUUUGUUAUCUGCCAAGUUUUUAACGAGUUUAAUGCAAGGAAGCUGGAGAAGAAGAACAUAUUUAAGGGGAUACUGAAGAACAAACUGUUUCUAGGAAUCGUUGGGAUAACGGUAGUUCUUCAAGUGGUUAUGGUGGAGUUUCUAAAGAGGUUUGCUAAUACUGAAAGGCUAAAUUGGGGCCAAUGGGGUGCAUGCAUUGGAAUUGGUGUAUUGUCAUGGCCGAUUGGUUGGGUUGUCAAGUACAUUCCAGUUUCCGGUGAACACUUUCUCAGCCUUCCAACAUAUAGAGCUUCUGCAUCCUGAAACAGACAACCACAAUCAGGUGUUGCAUCAAAAUCAUAGUAGAAUUUAGAAGAAAAUCUUUCGUGCUUUAAUGUUUCUCAUUUCUUCAGUCUCUCAAUAGUUUCCCUUAGAGGUUUUCCGAAUUUCAGUUAUUGUAAAUGUUAAUGCUGCUCUAGGUCUUGAACAGAAGCUUUCUCUGAGAAGUAAUUUCCUUUUUAUUGAUUUUCUGGUUUUAGUGUCUCAAUAUCUCAAAUAUAUGUGUGCACUCAAUUAUCAUGUGUUUUUUUUCCCCGAGUUGGUAUCAAGUUAUCAUAUUAUCAUGCAAAUUCUCCUGGACAUCAAUGUUGAAGGGAUUCCUUAGACAUGCAGACAGCUUCUUCCUUUGGGAAGAAAAUAGAAGGGUCCAUCAUUUCCCAUGAUUUUUAUUUUUUCAUUUUUUUAAUCUACGUUGUUCCUCCAAAUAAAAAGGAAAUACACAGUCAUGCACACAUCAAAAAAUAAAAAAUAAAAAAGUAAAAAUUAUCCUUCACAUUAAUUUGUACUUCAUGUGAAGGAUUAAACAGAUGUAGUGUGCUUAUUAUGUUGAUAACAACAAGACUUGCCAAAACUAAUCCCUCCUUCCCUGGC